ACCGUUUCCCUCGUGUCCUUUUCUUUCUUCCUGCCUUCUUUUCUUCUUCCUCGUCGUCGUCGUCGGACGCGGCCUCCAUUGCUCGAUCGCCCUCACGCCUCCAUAAAACGACGAGCGCAACGUUCACUCCCACGCCAUUUUCGCCUAGCUCGGCUCAGCUCAGUCAGCGAGAGGAGAGAGAGCUCACAACCACCCUGCUGCACCUCCACCGUACCUUCACCGCCGCAUCACCGGCGGCCCUUCCUCCCGUUCCACUUCCACUACCGCCGUACCAUGGCCGACCGCGUCCACCCGGCGCCUCCUCCACCUCCACCACCGGCGCUGAUCUCCUCCUCCUCCCCACCUCAUCAGCAGCAGCCACACGACCAGCACGCCGGUGCCGCCGGCGCGGUGCCCCCGCCGCCGGCGCCGACGACGGACACAACCCCACUACAGCAGCACCCGUCCUUCGCCCGCCCGGCGGCGCCCCCACCGGGGACCUACAUCGUGCAAGUCCCCAAGGACCAGGUGCUCCGCGUCCCACCGCCAGACCGCGCGCGCCGGUACAAGAAGCUCUCCUCCCGCCCGGCGCGGCGCCGCGCGCUGCGCCGCGCCUGCUGCUGCGCCAUCGCCAUCGUCCUCCUGCUCGUCGCCCUCGCCGCCGCGUUCGUCGGCGCCGUCUACCUCAUCUACCGCCCGCGCGCGCCGUCUUUCUCCGUCGCGUCCCUCUCCAUCCACGGCCUCAACACCACCUCCCUCUCCUCCUCCCUGUCCCCGCGGCUCGACGCCGUCGUGCGCGCGGACAACGCGCGGAACAAGAAGGUCGGCAUCGAGUACCGCGGCGGCGGGGAGGUCGCGGUGUCCUACGACUCCGGCGGCAGCGGCGCGAGGCUCGCGGCGGGCGCGUGGCCGGCGUUCCGGCAGCCGCCGAGGAACGUGACGGCGUUCGCGGUGUCCAUGACGGGCAACGGCGUGCGGCUCACGGAGGACCAGGCGAAGCGGAUCGCCACCGAGCAGGCCGCCGGCGCCGUGCCGCUGCAGGUGGAGGCCACGCUCCACGUCAGGCUCCGGUUCGGCGGCGUGCUCCGGACAUGGACCGUCGACGUCAGGGCAAGGUGUGAUGUGGCUGUUGAUAGGCUCGACGGCGACGCCGUCGCUGUUAAUAGAGGGUGCAAGGUCAAGGUCAGGCCACUCUGGUGGUGGUGGUGAUUUCAGUGGUGGUCGUCGCCGCCGCCGCUCGCCGGCUGUCGUGGAGACAUGGGUUGAGGUUGACGACGCCGGCUGGACACGAUCCAACACGGCUAGUGAUCAGUUACUGCUUCUGCUGCACUUACUGGCAUUGAGCAAGGUUGUUACUGUUUACUGCUAGAGUAUUUACUAAAUUACUACUACUGUAGUUACUUGCCUGUGAAGAUAAAUUGAUUUAUAGGGAAUUUUUGGGUGUAUUUAAUUUGGAUUUCAUGUUAAUGCAUACAGUAAUUCAGUGGAGUA